UAGCAGGAAAACACUCCCCCUGUGACAUCACUCACCCUCCCACAUCUUGGUCACAUGACUUGUGACUUCACAACCUCCUUUAAGCCUCUCCAUUCUAGCCCUUACCGGUGUUUCUGUGCUGGGGAACAUCCGCUGGCCUUCGGUGCUUAACUCCUGGGAUACACGUGAGCUGUUGAGUAACCUGGGUAGAUACAACAGGGAAUCCUCAGCUUAUCAACAUGGCUGAGGGUCAGCCUUCAGGUCAACCAAAAUAUAACCCUGAUGCAACUGACUUUAUCCCCAGAGAGAGACAAAGUGCCAACCCAAAUUGGAGAAGUCAUAUAAGAUCAGAAAUUAACAGAAACUGGAACAGACAAAGCAAUCUUCCAACUUCUUACCAAAGCCAUUCUUCAAGGGAGACAAACCAUGACUCUCCAGUACAAAAACUUCACCCAUACACCAGCUCAAGCAAGGCUAGUGAAAGAACUCAACAGGGUUCUCCAGAUACCAGCUCCGUCAAGCCUGUGAAGAACCACAGUUUUCAGAACCAGAGAUGGCAAAGGUCAAGAAGCGAAAGGUCACAUACUAGAAAUCACCCAAGACAGCCACUUUCUGAUGCAUCUAUAAGGCCCUUUGGUGCCAGCACACCACUUGGGGACUGGCGCGUAAGAACAAGAGAACCAAGUGAUUUGUGUUCAUCUGAAAGUGAAAAGGAGGUUGGUAGUGCAGACAGCAGAGGAGCUAAACCAAAAAGAUUGACACAUGUUUCAGGAGGCUCUCUAAGGGGCCCCAGAGACCGAAUAAGACAUUCAUAUGACAGAGAGAAAAGGUUGACUCCAAAACAAAAAGUAGAAGAUAUGUUUGAAAACAUCCCGCCCCAGGAUGGGGGAAAAUCGGUAUCCUCUAAGGAGGAGAUUUUCAAGACAAGGCUAGAAAGCCAUGAUGGUGCUGUAGGAAGUGAAAAAAAAAAAAGGCCACAGUGCUCUUCGAAGAAGGCUCAGCAUGAACUUUUGGAUUGGAACAAUCCAAGAAAUGAGAAAGCAGUCAAGCCACUUGAACCACAUGGCAGCAAAACGUCUCAACAUGAAAAUACUCCAGCUGCAGCUUUUACAUCAAAAGAAAAGAAAACUUAUAGGGUAAAAGAGUCCUGUGUUUCAAAUAUAUGCCAAGAGCCAAAGCAUCAUGUUCACCGCUGGGGCUCUGAUGGUGACAAACAUUCAGGAAGAAAACAGCAUUCCCAAACUCAGGACCAUAUGACUAAAAAGUCUAUGCAGCAAGGGUGGAGUAGGCCAUGGAAUAAGAAUGAAGUACCAAAGAAUAAGGAGACACACACAAGCUCUCUGAUUGAACAGCUGACCGCAGAGAAAUAUGAAUGCAUGGUCUGCUGUGAGGUGGUACGUGUUAUGGCCCCGGUGUGGAGCUGUCAGAGCUGCUACCAUGUUUUCCACCUUAACUGUAUCAAGAAGUGGGCCCGGUCCCCUGCAUCACAAGCAGAAGGUCACAAAUUGCCCACAAGUGUCAUUGAUGGAAAUAGCGGAUGGCGAUGUCCUGCAUGUCAGAAUGUCUCCUCUCGUGCCCCUAAUAGCUAUACCUGCUUUUGCAGCAAAGUGAACAACCCUGAAUGGAACAGAAACGAGAUUCCCCACAGCUGUGGUGAGCUCUGUGGGAAGAAGCGCUCAGGCCUGGAUUGUCCUCACCUCUGCAAUAUUCUCUGUCACCCUGGACCAUGCCCAUCGUGCCCAGCAUUUGUGACAAAAUCUUGUCAGUGUGGAAAAACAAGUCAGUCUGUACGCUGUGGGCAGUCUACCACCUUUCACUGCACAAAUGUUUGUGGGAACCUGUUAAACUGUGCGGAACACAGCUGCACUCAUGUGUGUCAUGCAGGAGAAUGCCAAUCAUGUCAGCAAAUUAUACAUCAAGCCUGCUAUUGUGGUGGAAGCUCUCGUGAUGUUCUUUGUGGAACUGACAAAGAUAACUAUGAUGGCUUUGGCAAUUUCUCCUGUCAAAAGCAAUGUGGCAAGAAAUUAAAUUGUGGAAAGCAUGGCUGUACUGAAGUUUGUCAUCCUCAGCCUUGCCAACCAUGUCCAAGGCUUCCUCAGGUUGUGCGAUUCUGUCCCUGUGGGCAAACUCCCUUGAGCAAACUAUUGGAACUUGGAUGCAUAGAUCGAAAAAUCUGCACUGACCCUAUUCCUUCUUGUGGAAAGACCUGUGGAAAGCCUCUACCUUGUGGCUCUCAUGACUUUAUCCAUACCUGUGAAAAUCUUUGUCAUGAAGGAGAUUGUGGACUCUGCUCUCGUACGUCUAAUAUAGCUUGCCGAUGCAGCUUUAAAACAAAGGAGGUUCCAUGCUCUCUGCUACAGAACAAAGGGGAUUUUACUUUUGUAUGUGACAAGAGAUGCAACAAAAAACGUCAGUGUGGUCGGCAUAAGUGUAAUGAAAUUUGCUGUGUGGACACAGAUCACAAGUGCUCCUUAAUUUGUGGACAUAAAUUAAAUUGUGGCCUUCACAGAUGCGAUGAACCUUGUCAUCGUGGAAACUGUCCAAAUUGUUGGCAAACAAGCUUUGAUGAGCUUACGUGUUACUGUGGAGAAGCUGUGAUCUUUCCUCCUAUCGCUUGUGGAACACGACCUCCGGAGUGUAAGAAACCCUGCACUCGGCAGCAUGAGUGUGAUCAUCCAGUUUUUCAUUCAUGUCAUAGUGAGGAGAAAUGUCCCCCAUGCACAUAUCUUACUCAAAAAUGGUGUAUGGGAAAACAUGAGCUUAGGAACAAUAUUCCAUGUCAUCUUAGUGACAUUUCAUGUGGUCUGCGCUGCAAUCAACUUUUAAAAUGCGACAUGCAUAAAUGUAAACGCAUCUGCCACAAGGGGGAGUGCUUGAUAAAUGAAGACUGUAAACAGCCAUGUGAUUUGCAGAGACCUGACUGUGGUCAUCCAUGUAUGACCCCUUGCCACCCUGCUGAGCCCUGCCCACCCUCUGUUUGCAAUGCAAAGGUAGAUUUACAGUGUGAAUGUGGACGAAGAAAAGAGAGUGUAGUGUGCUCUGUGGCGUCCUCUGUUUAUCAAAGGAUCACAGCUAUAACCAUGGCUACAAAACUUACAGAAAUGCAGCUUGGAGAUUCUGUGGAUAUUGCAAGAUUUGUCACAAAAAAAGAAAUGAAGCAAACAAGGCUGCAGUGUGAUGAGGAGUGCAUGGCUUUGGAAAGGAACAGACGUUUGGCAGAGGCUUUGAAUAUUUCAGAAAAUUCAGAUCCUUUUAAUACACGAUCUGGGUCAAAAUAUACUGACAGCUUAAAAGAGGAUGCCAGGAAAGACCUAAAGUUUGUCUCUGAGAUUGAAAAAGAAAUUAAAGCUCUUGUGGAUGCAGUCAACAAGGGGAAGCAAACCAAAAAAAGUCACUGUUUCCCGCCAAUGAACAGAGACCAUAGGAAACUUAUCCAUGAUUUAGCUGAGGUUUACUGUGUAGAAAGUGUGAGCUAUGACAGUGAGCCGAAACGCAAUGUUGUAAUCACAGCUAUCAAAGGAAAAUCUAUGUGCCCUAAUGUUGCCCUUAUGACUGUGUUGGAAAGGGAGAUUCAAGCAAGGCCACCACCACCCAUUGCACAUCAUAGGCACCAGAAUGAAAGAAGCAACGGUAAUUAUGUAAGAAGACUUUCAAGAGAUGAACCAUCAAUAGACUACUUUGAUGUUCAAGACUAACAGAUGCUUUACACUAUUUGAGACUUAAGAAUGUUCCGGCGAAGAUUUCCGCUGAAGAUUUUCACAUUAUGCUUUAGUCAGCUGUACUGUGUGACACUGAAAUGAAGCACUGGCAGAACUGUUUAAGUGGAAAAAUUAUUGGUAAAAGUAAAAAUUAAACCAUUUUCAGAAUGUCCUUUUCAUGUAUUUUUAGAAAGGAGAAUUCCAGUAGUAAGAUUUGUUUUGUUGUUGUUCUGACUAUUCAGUCUCCUAAAAAGUUUUGGGAGACUCCUAAGAUGUCUAAAUGGGGUUUAACAUCCAGUGAAUGUAGGUGUUUCAUUCUUCUUCUUAAAUAACCAUGUUGUUUCUUCUUUCCAGUUUGUAUCUUCACAUACUCAAAAAUGAAAGCCUGUGACUGUGAUGUUCACAUUAGUGUCCCACAAUGCCCUCCUAAUUCUUUCAGCUUCACAAUCAAAAUUAUGUAUAAUUUAAUCUUUCAUUCUAAACCACAAUCCAUUUUUAAGAUCAGUUCCCUAUCAAAUAAACCUGUAACCAAACCAUUGUUGUUUUUCUAAAAUACAGAUAUAGUCACUGCAAAACAGAGGAGCAAAAAAGACAAAGGGCUUUUUAUAUCCUUUUGGAAUUAAAUAGUUCAUGGCUUUGAAGAAGGGAGUUUGCCUUACUUUUUUGCUGCAUAGAAUAAAGGGAAAACUUAUUUUCAGUAUAAUUUUGAUAAGUAUAUUUUCCAUAAAGUAAAAUACUUAUAUAUAGAUAUAUAUAUACGUUAAACACAGGCAUAACACAGAACUUCUAGAAUUUGCCGCCUGCUUUGGACUAUUGCUUUUAGAUAGGCAAGGGAUUUUACAUCUUCCUGCAUCACUGUUUAACCCUGAUUUUAUUGUUGCUUGAGGGUUUAGAAAUAAUUUCUACUAUUUAAGAAAAGGAGUCACCUAUGUUUAUAUUUUCAUACUUAUAGUAAAGAUUAGUGUUUCUGAACAUAAUUUCCAACACAUAUAUUUUUAGUUAUUGAUAAAGGGUCACUAAAGAUUUUAAAUUUCCAAUAACAGCCUUUGUCUCAAGAAUGCAUGGUCUAACAGGCCAUGCAUUCUAGUGUGACAUCAUUGGAGCAUAGUCAGCCAAACAGGGACUUCUGGUAUUCGGUUGGUUUUAUCAUAACCUGUACAUAAAUAUACCAACAUAGUUAUUUUGUACUAAGCACUGGUUUGCAGGAAAAUGUGAAGCUAUGUGUAUCAGGCAGGAGCUAAGCAACAGACAGAAAGGUUGCUUAUCAUUAGGUUUCCAGUAUUGCACACUGUGGAUAUUGGUAGACUUGUGACUUGUUUUUCAGCCAGCUGAAUCACAUAGCACUCAAGUUACAGGAGUUUCAAUACCCUACAACCCAUAUAAGCGAUUGGUUACAUUGAUGUCAGGUGACAUUAUGUAUAGGGGUUCAUUAUGUCUGCAAUUGCAGUUGCAAUACCUGCAAUUUUCCUAAAGUUAGUUGCAUGUAAAAGCACUUUACUUACAUCAAAAUGCACUGUUUGCACUUCCAUAUAGUUUGACUCAGCCCCGCGCAGUCCUUUCUGCCUUCUGUUCUGAAUCAGGAAUCACUGCACAAUUGAUGUAUCGGAACCCUGAAGAUUCUGCUACUUCCUGACCAGACAGACUGGCAGUAGCUCCAUGAUUCCAUUUGUACCCAGAGUCAAUAGAAAAAGCACACUUAUUUCCGACUAAAGAAUCGGGUGCAGGCGUCACAACAAACACUGGCUGUGGCACCAAGCUGACUUCCAUGCAAUUUCGUCCAUUUUGCUGCAACAUUCACACACAGUUGCUGUAAUCUUGCUGAAUCUGAUGCAAUUGUGAAAAGCACAGCGGAAUUACAUCAAGAUAAUCGCCCAUUGUGUCUGCCAUGAAUUCUGGGGGAACACAUUAUGGAAAAAAACAUGGCAAUUGUGCUUGAAAUUGCACUUACUGCACUUGUAGAUGCACAUGAGCCCUCUAAUCUGAUGUGCAUGUCACUAAUUAGAUCUGGUCUUUUUUCUCUUAGGCUAGUAGCAAAUGGGUUGUUCUGUUUCUCCAGAGGAGAAAAUUAGCUCCACUGCCUUCCGCACCUCAUACAUGUGUCUAUUAAACACACAGUGAAUAUCCAUAUAAAUGCUAAGAUAUGCAGUUUCGCAGAAUGCCUUAAAUUAAUUUAAAUCAAGAUUGCCUGUGUUUUCUUUUUUUGUGACCGUGUUAUGUUUUGAGAUGGAGAGGAGGCACUAAUGGAGCUAAAUCAGUAAAUCAUUGCAGCAAGUAUGCUAACCAAUGUAAAUUACGGCACACGUAGAGAAAAGGUCCAUGAUCUUUAAGUUAAAGAGUGAAGAUGCACCAUAUUCCAUAGCUGUCAGAGACAAUGCUGACAGAGAAGCAAUAGUACAUUUUGAUUGAUUUAAUAAAAAAACAAAUGUUUGAGUUUGAUCUUUGUUCACCAUUUGAGUUUUUUUGUGCUAAAAAGACUCAAAUUCAAAUUAUGGUUCAAAAACUCAAAUGUCUGGUAUUUAUUAAGGGAAAAAAACAUGAAAACUUAAUUUUACUUAAUGUAAAAAUUCUCCAUCUAAAAGCUUGCGAGCUAUAGAAGUUAACAGGAGAUAUUCUAGGCAAAGUCAAGCCAUAUUUUCAGUUUAAGAUAUUCAAGUUCAAGUUUGCAAAUUCAAAAAUUCAAGGUAUUUGAGUUUUUUUUUAUUAUUAAAUAACCACGCAUUUUGAUAUUCGAUUUAGAAAAACAAACUCGAAUUUACAAACUCGAAAAUUUAUAACUAAGCCAAUAUAUAUUGAGCUUUUUCAGCUUGCGGAUCUUCAGCUGUGAAUUAGUCAAAUUUAAAAGUGACAGAUUGUAAUACUUUAAUGAUUCUGCUGAAAAUCAGUUUAAAAAAUGUAAUCCUGUCAAUAAUAAUAAGAUAUAAGUGAAUGAUACCAUGAUAUAUAAAUUGCCACUUAAGUAAUGAUCAGAGGCAGAGAGUGUAUGAAUUGUGUUUUAGCUGUUUAUUAAAAUGUGAGAUAAGAGCUCACCACAGAAAAAGUCACCCAUUUUCUAUUCAUUACUAUGAGAUUUUUAAAAAUGUAUUUAUCAAUGGGUGAACGUUAGAGCUCACUAUUUGAUAAAUAUGUUAAUAAAAAUCUCAUAGGAAUGAAAAGAAGUGUGUAGUCUCCCAUUUUAAUGAAUCUACCCCUUAAUGUAAUUACACUUUAGUUUUACAAAGUGGCUUUUGUUUAGAGCUGUCUAAAGUGUAAAAUCUUGACAAAGUACUUUGUUUCUGUCAUACAGAGCAUUAAAUUGUGUCAUAAUGCAGAAAGGUGUUUCAGGAAUGAAACUGAGGUAGGUGCUGUUGAGUUACUGACACAAGUAGUUAGCAGAUAAAACUUGUGUGUCAAUGUUAAAAGUAAUCUACUAUAGACAAGUGCUCCAAGUACACAGUGCUUUAUGUACUGUACAGUCCAAAAUAAUCUCUUUACAAAACAUAUUCAUGCAAUUUUACUGUGAAUCUCCUGCUUAGUGUUUUCCCCUUUAUAUAUGGUGUAAUAUUUAUUAUGGAGAACAUUAUCACUGUCUUCUACAGUAACAAUAGCUUUCUUAAAUAUUCUACAGAUUUUUCAAACAAUGCUGUCAGUCUAUUACCUACUAAUAAUAAAGACCAGAUUCCAAAGUCA